AUGGCCUUGAACUCCGAUCACCAAGAACCUGUACAGGAAGCCACUCCGAAUGGCCAGGCUUCAAGAAAGGAUUGGACUCUUCUCCACAGAUUAUCAGCGUCACAGCUGAACAAUCAUUUGAACUCAUUGAAAGCUGAAGAUUGGGAAAGACGUCAAAAAAAUGAACGAGCCUGCAAUCUUUGUGGUUACGAGAAACGUUUUUUUGACUGCCCCACUUUUUUCUGCAAUGGCUUGAACUGUCCUUUUGGCGCAUGUAUACCACGAAAUAGGUAUUACUACAUUGGCGGAAACAACCAGUAUUUCUGGUGCGCUCCGUGCUACCAAGAUCUUGAUGAAAAUAAACCUCUCACGUUUGUCGAUCUCACCACUAGCAAAAGUGAAUUGAAGAAGAAGAAAAACGAGGAGAUACACGAGGAAAGCUGGGUGCAAUGUGACACCUGCGAAAAGUGGAUACAUCAGAUCUGCGGGCUUUUCAAUAGCAGACAGAAACACCAGACCGAAUAUUCUUGUCCGCGUUGCCUUCUCGAAAAAAGACAAAAUGGUAAAUCUGCUACCUUUCCCCUGAGACCGCCUGGUGCGGCUGACCUGCCGAGAACGAAUCUGUCGGAGUACUUGGAGGAAGAUGUCACAAGACGAAUUGAAGAGAAGAAACAGGAAAUUAUGGGGAAUGACCAAUCCAUUCAUGAUUCGGGCCCUAUCGUUAUCAGACAGGUCACUUCGAUGGACCGAAAACACGAGGUUCAAGAAAUAAUGAAAAGAAGGUACAAGCACAAGAACUAUCCUGACGAGUUCCCUUUCCGGAGCAAAUGCAUCCUUGUCUUUCAGGAGAUUGAUGGUGUUGAUGUUCUUCUCUUUGCUCUCUAUCUUGACGAAUAUGGCGAAGACAGCCCUGCUCCAAACAAACGCUGUGUACAUAUUUCAUACUUGGAUAGCGCGCACUUUAUGAGACCUCGGCGUCUGCGAACCUUUGUGUAUCAUGAGAUUAUUAUUUCCUACCUUGACUACGCUCGCCAACGCGGCUUUGGGACAGCACACAUGUGGGCAUAUUCUGCCAUGAAGGGCGAAGAUUUCAUACUUCACGCGAAGUCUGAGUACCAGAAGACUUUAAGGGGCGCAAGACUCAGGCAAUGGUUCAUUGAUAUGUUGGCGGAGGGUCAGCGACGCAAUGUAGUCGGGAAAGUUACAAACAUGUACGACUUGUAUUUCGCAAAUCAGUCACUAGAUGCAACCGCAGUUCCUUACCUACAGGGAGACUUCGCAGGGGAAGUAGAGCGUAUCAUCACCGAGCUCGACAAUGGAGUUCAGCAAACGGGGAAGACGAAUAAUAUUUUGGAAAUUGACGAGCGGGACCAAGUAAUGGUGAAGCUAGGUGAAAUGAUAAAGCCGAUGAAGGAAAGUUGCAUUGUUGCAUUUCUGAAUUCGGCAGAAGCCACGAGAGAAAACAUGGAGGUACCAGAUUCUGUUGUGAAGUAUCGGUCAGAGCAUCCCGAGGCGAUGAUACCUUUGGCCGCUUUUGGAAGAAAGCGUGAUGCUGAUGGAAAUGUGCUUGGUAACGAUAGAAACACACAUGGAUUGGAUGUGCCGCUGGACUCGAAUGGCCGACCAAUGAAGGUCAUUGAUGACGACGUUGAAGAUCUUGAUUGCGAGUUUCUGAACCAAAGGAAGGCCUUGCUGAGUCUCUGCCAAGGCAAACACUAUCAAUUCGAUGAACUUCGUCGGGCGAAGCAUACAUCGAUGAUGGUUUUGUGGCAUCUACACAACCGAGACGAAUCGAACCAAUCACCGCAAACAGCUACGGAACGAAUUGCUGCAAGCACGCCCGAACCGGGGCAACUUGUGUUCUCCCUCAAAAGAGAAUUGGAACGCAGAAAAGCACAAGCGGAACGCAAGCAGAGGGAAAAUGAAGCACGGCAAAUUGAGCAUGCAAACCAGUGCAGCUCUAGCUCGUGUACUUCAACACUUUGUUCCUGGAGCAAGAGGGAUUUGAUGCAUACGAAAAUCUGCAGGGUAAAGGUUCAAGGUGGCUGUAGAACAUGCGAGAAAGUCUGGUCUAUAUUGCGAUUCCAUGCUGGGAAGUGCAAAGACAAAGUUUGCCCCUUUCCUCGGUGUCUGGAAAUUCGCGGGACGAAUCGUGAAUUGUAG